AUGAACUUGUUAAAGUCCGCAUCUCCUGUGCAUACACAUACGCUUGAAGAGCGUUCAGCACCAGCUUCCGAAGCGGCAUACGCAAGCCCGAUCCAUGGACAAGACGUAUCUGACUCAGCCUCUGAAUUAGAAGCUUCACAUAUUUCAGAUGCUUCUCAGCCAGCGGCGCCUACUGCCUCCAAGCAACCAACUCCUGAUGAUCACGAAGAAGAACAUGAUCCUCACUUCACGGGUGAUCUAAUGGAAAACCAGCGAAGAGAAGUCAAAUCCCAUACAUUCGACUCUCAGGACGAGAAUAUGCGCGCUCAAAACAGUUUGUUGCCAGAGAGUUUCUACCGGACAUUCUACGAAACCUCAGCCACUCUGAGUCGCUAUGUGACUGUCAAUACCCACGUGAAGCAUCGUAAGAGGAAGGAUCUAAAGAUGGAUGAUCACAACGCCUUCCAGGCUGUUGCUGUUUUCUCCCUUGACCAGAACAUGUUCCUGGAGGAAAUCGAGAGGCACCUCGUAUGGAAUCAAAAGAAGAUCCCAUCUGCAUAUAUAUCGGUUUUCAACGGUAUCGGUCAUGCAGAGAGACAGGCAAAUUUUCAUUACGAGAGGAGUCAGCGCAUCGGACAGCGUGUAAGCAUCGCCAAAAUGCAUACUAAGGGCCUCGUUCCUGCCACUAUACGGGCAGAGUGCGAAACAACUGUCAAAGUUUUCACCAAAAGCCUCGUUCUGGGAGAGAGCGUGAAGAUCAAAAAGUACUCUCGACAUGUCGACAUUCCCGUUUGGAUCCAUCAGAAAGCAAUGGAUCGAUAUUACCGUACUAUCACACCUGAGCAGUUGAAGAAAUCCGGUGCGGAUAUGUGGAUAUCCAUCACGGAACUUCGCAAGUCGAACCUCAAGGUGGCGGAGCCCAAAUUCAACAAGAGCAGAGAUGUAAUCUGCGCUCAAGGACACGACUACGAGUGGCUCUGUUGCGGCGGUAUUCUCGAAUCGAGAGUUACGGGAGUCUGGCCCUGGGAUGGCAAGCAAAGCCACAUGAUUGACCCUGGUUAUCCGGUCCGAAGUGUUGAACAUAGUGGCCAGCCUUGGGUCUGGGACUGGAACAAGAAGAUGUGGCUUCCAGACUUGUUCUCGGCCUCUGCUGCUCAGGGUGAGUGUUUCAACACCAAGCGCCAGCGUACUAAUCAUGAGCCGGCCGAUGAUAAGAAUAAGAAGACGGCAGUUUGUGAGUGCUCCAAAGCACGCCCGCUGCUCUCAAUGAGCAACAUUCAGUCAGAUGAUUCAGAGCCUAUCUAUCCUGGACCUACAACAAAGCUCUGA